UCAGAGUGGGACAUAUUUUCAUUUCUUAUAUUUCACCUCUUCCACUUUCUGUGUCUCUGCCCGCGGCCUCGCGGAAGAGAACGGACGGAUUUUCUUGUGCGUAAAAGUCUUUCUGAUUGAGCCAUUAAUUACCUGGAGAGGGAUAUUUAUUAUGUUCCUGAUGUGUGCGCACUGAUGGACUGAGACUGUCCGUGGAUCAGGGAACUUUGUUUUCAACACGUUUUUGGACCUUUAUAAGACUCCGCUCCUGAGGCUGUGGCGGACACUUUGCUGUCUUCUCCACCGGAACCGGGUUUGAUGGAAACAUGACCCUCACCGGAACGGUUCUGCUCCACCUGCUGCUGCUGCUGCUCCCGGUGUCCGCGCGCUACUUCGGACACAUCGCCGAGAACUCCCCGGUUGGGACGCCGGUGUCCGGGGUUCUGCUCCCCGGGGGAUCCCACCUGAACGCCACUCUGACGGGGGAUUACGCAUCGGAUUUCAGGCUCGUGCAUCACCGGGACCACCGUCUGGGUUUGGUCUCCGCCAAAGCGCUGGACCGGGAGUUCAUCGCCAUGUACGAGCUGACGGUGCAGCUGCCGCGCGGGGCCGCCGCCGUGCAGGUGGAGGUGUCGGACAGGAACGACAACAUCCCCCGGUUCAUCGGCGGGAACCGGACGGUGGAGGUGCACGCGCUCACGCCGCUCGGAACCGAACUGGUGCGCUUUGACGCGAAGGACGGAGACGCGGAGAGUAACGGACGCGUCACUUUUUACGCGUCACCGGAGUCUCACCUGCUGCACGUGGCUCCGCAGACCGGCCAGGUGAGGCUGGUCCGGUCCCUGCUGGGGGUCCGACAGGCGACUCUGCGUCUGCGCGUUCGUGACGGAGGAUCCGUGGCGCUGAUCGGGGAUCCGGUGUUUCUUCACCUCAACGUGCACCGCUCCGGAAACCCCCGGAAGCCCCGGGCUGUCAGGGAGGAUGUGGCGCUCAGCGUGUCGGUCCCGCAGCAGGCGGCGCGCGGGGACCUGCUGUUCACCGUGCCGGAUCAGAGGUUCCAGCAGCGCUGGUUCCAGAUGCUCUCCGAGGCCGACUCUCCGGUGCAGAUCGAGCGAGACUCGGGGCGGGUGUACCUGACCCGAGAUCUGCUGGAGCCCGCAGAGGUGCUGGUGAAGAUCCACAACUCCCGGG